AAAGCAAGAAAUUGGUUUCUCUGCAGAUCAUUAUUAAUCAACCGUCCAAAAUGAAUAUCCAGCUCCUCAUCUUUCUCGCAGCGAUGACCACAGUGUUCGCUGCCUGUCCUGCACAUUGGUCUGGACAUAGGGACAAAUGUUACUUCUUCAGUAGAGACAAUGAGACGUUUUCGGACGCUCUGAUACUCUGUGAAAUGCUAGGAGUCCAGUACCGUAGACCUGCCUCCAUUGCCACCAUAGAUGGCGCCAACACACAAAACUAUCUGGCCAACCUGAUUAGGCACUCCGGAUCUAAUGCUUACUAUAUUGGUGUCAACGAUAUUGUCAACGAGGGCGAAUUUGUAUGGAUUUCUUCUGGACAGAAUGCCACUUAUUUGAACUGGGGUCCCGACCAGCCCAACAACCGAUGGGGAAAUGAAAAUUGUGUUGUCAUUAGAAACGAUCCAGGUCAAGGGUUUGACAUGACGUGGUCAGAUGACCCCUGCACUGAUCUGAACACGUAUAUCUGCGAAAUGCCUGCUGCUGAGAUUCACAUUCCGAUUGUUGGAUAAAGAGUAAUGCAUUAUUAUUGUAUUUUGUGUGUUAUAUGUAUAUACUGUACAAAUAAAUUAUCUUAUUUUU